GAGUCAUUUCGAUUGAAACUAAUGGGUGUUUCUGUUAGUGUGACUUUGAAGAAGCCAUGUCUUUAUUGCGCUUCAAACCUUUUAUGAAACAGGCUUUAUUGGCGUCUUCAUUUGCGCCAAAAAGCUUAUGAUUAAUAGAUUCAAUUGAUAGAUUAUUCACAAAUAAAGAUGAUGCUCGGUUUCUUAUUGGUUUUUCUUAUACACUUUUUUAUCAAGAUAGAUCGUCAAAUCCUUUGCUUUUUUAACAUGAUCAAACUAAGUUUAUUUCAGAUCUGUGUGAGUCUGAAAGGUAACAGAGUUUUGUUUGCCUCCCCUUUACACCACGGCAUAAGCGAUUGUAUUUUUCUUCCAUCUCUGAGUACAUAUUUCUGCUAUUGCUUGCGCUGUGGUGAUAAGUUAUACGUUAAGUAUCUAAAGUUAAUACUAGAGCAAACUCAUAUCUUAAGACGGCUAGAUAGAACAAGUUGUUUAAACUUGCUGAUACUAUCUCCUUGCAUAAUCAAGUCGAGACAAAAAAAACUACUGGAAAAGUUACAGGUUUCACUUUUUAGAAAGUUGAAGCUCUAUUGCGACCAAAGCGAUGACAAUUUAAUAAAGGACUUGAAAAAAAAAAUCGGUCGUGAUACUGCACUCAUACUUGAAAACUAGUUUGUACCAGAUGCCAAAUAUCAUGAGCCAACAAGAAACAAAAGCUUGAUAGAUUUGUUGAAGAAAAAUUGCUCUUCGCUGUAUUUGAUUGAUGAAUGCAGGACAUCAUUGUACUGUCCAAAUUGAGAUUACAAGCUGCAGAACCUCAAGACAGUAGUCAACCCAAGACCAUAUCGUUGGACUAAACAACUCACUGUAAAAUGUCAUGGGCUCUUACGGCAAUAAAACUUAUCUAUGACCACAAUAGGG